GUCGAUGACUUUCUCGAUUGAUACUACGCUCCGCCUUGAAACCAUUCUUGCUUACUUGCAUAUCUCAUAGACGUAGGAACUGGAAGAGGUUGAUGCACCGUCGAGAAAACGGCAGCGCUUGACGAUGGAGUCCGAAUCAACACCGCCCUCGCACUAUCACCUCCUUCGGCGUCUCGUCUCAUUGUGCUACAACUCGUCGCCCCGGACAUCGUACUUUUACGCCGGACUUCUGUUCGAUCUAUAUAAUGAAGAGCUUCUGAAUGGACUGAUACUACCGGUAGUCGUAGCACCAGGGGAAGAGCUGGACGACGAUGCCGACACUGUGCACGGAGAUAGUCCCAUCAAGAGUCGAGCUCGAGGAAAGCUCAUCAGGUCGCGGAAUGGAUCGAGCGCGGCCUCCCUUGAUAUGGGAAAAUACGACGUCUUGACCGGUGGAAAGAUCGAAAUGGUAGACAUUCCGAAACAUCUUGCUUUACACAUCAAAGGAUGGAGUUUCGUCAACAACGCCGAACUGUACUCGGCUAUCCAUCUCGUCAAGGAACAUAUCGCCAGGUCAGAUGAGCACUUGGAUACGAAGUUGAGGUGGGAUUCGGAAUGUGGGAUGCUGGAAGCGUUGGUAGCGUCCACUAUGAGCAGUGACGACGAGGACGAAGACAAUAUCGGAGCUCGUCAGCAAGGACGCAGGGCGAGCUCGAAGGGCAAGGGCAAGGGUAAAGAGAGGGCGACGAUCGAACAGCAAGACCUGCCCUGCUUAGAAUGCGCCAUGAUCUACUCGAGAGCUUGUGAGGGAUUGGCAAGAUUCGAAGAAGGGCGGACUGUCUUGGAACGGACAAUCAAGACGCUCGAACAAGGGUUGGAUGAGGAAGAGUUCCAACGACACAUGUCGACACCACCAUCACCAAUACCCAUCAACCCGCUCACUCCUCGGUUACAACUCGCACGUCUUCUCUCUGGUUCCAACGUGCACAAGCUGGCGUUCGUGAAGCAAGAAGAGGAUAAAGAGAAUCAGGGCGUCGGGGCUAAGCGUCUGGAAAGAAAGGGUGGAGUCGGCGAGAGUGAUAACACGCCAGCGAGGUACUUGGAGCAGGUUCUCAAGGUCGAUGGAAGGGGCAAAGGAGACGGAGAGUGGUGCUGGGAAGCAUGGGAGACCUUCUGCGAACUCGGCGAACGGUGGACAUACGCCGAAUCACCAUUCUCGGAGCCGACACGGUCUGCCCCGGUCGAACCGUUUCCUUCUCACCUCUUGCCCCUCCCACCGACAUUGACGAACAACGAGCUUUCCAACCUACUCCAAUCAUUCUCGGCCGCUUCGCUAGGAUCGACCGCCGGAUCGACCUAUGCUUUAUCCGGCAUGGGAGGUUCAUUGAACCGAAUCCAGACGACCUCGUCGGCUCAGUCCAUUUCGGACGUCCCUUCCUCGCCACCCACCGAAUCGUCCGUGCCGGGUUCGUCAAAAGAUACCGGAGGCACGCCUAGAAGAAAGAUGUCGCCCUUGCCGCAACACAGUCCGCUGGUCAAGGCCGCUCAUGCAGGGUAUCCAGUCUCACCGCCCGGGGUAGGUGCGGGAUUAUUCACACCAGUGGGAAAUGCCGUAGGCGUAGGAGCGGGAGCAGGCGGAGCGAUGGGUAUGAGAGGAGGAGAAGGGCUAUUUGCUGGAGCUCCAGCGAGACCUGGUAAGGGCAAGGGCAGAGCUGUGAUCAGAGCGCGAUAUUUCAUUCCCAGACCUGUCUUAUUAUGGCUCGGGCGAGACGAGACCGGAUUCAUACAUCCUGCCAGGAGUCAGAACACCGGUCGACGGACAUUUCGCGCGGGGAACUAAAGCAACCCAUCCUCUGCCUAGCAUUGCCAGUCAACUAUUCCCUCAAGCCAGCAAGGACGGUUCGAGUACGUUUGGGUUUGGGGAGACGCCAGCAAACAA